UAUCAGGGCAGGAUCGUGCGCAUAGACUGAUAGACAGACUGCAACCGGGCGCAGCUCCUCUCCUCCUCUCUCUCUCUCUCUCUCUCUCUCCAUGUCGCCCGUGACACGCAAAACCCCCCCAGUCUGCCGAUAAUGGAUGUUACAACCUGAUGAUCGCUGCUUCAGUCUGCUGGUGGAUAAUAAAUAGGAGUGUGUGUAGCGACAGGACGAGCUGGUGUAUCUACCGCCACACUGCAGUGCAGCACUGAACGACGACCUUAUUCACAUCACGCAACACAAGGAAGAGCGCCGUGGUUUCCGUGGGUUGUGAGUUUAGUGGGCUGCUGGACGAGAAGCUAACUAGCUAGCUCUGCUCCCAUAGAAAGAACCAGUGAAUUAGCUACAUGGGCUAAUGUGAGCUCGCGCAACAGAUUGAUCCGCGUUUCUCUCCGGCCAUGUGACCAUUAUUGUGUGGAUAACCUCCUCUGGAUACCUCGCUGGGGACAUUUCGACUGGUUUAGUGUGAGCUGGGAAGGUCGACACCUCGCCGGGAAUAACUUUGGCCUGAAAGUUUGAGGAGGUGGUUUCAGACCUGAGAGAAAGCUGCAAGAAACGAGAGCAAAGCAGGCGUCGACACGACGUUAUGAAGACCACACUGGAGAGCAGCUCCAUGUAGUCAGGGCGACAGUUGCUCAGCCGUUAGUUCCAGUUAGCUCCCAGGUUAGCAUGCUAGUAGCCACCUAGCUGAACCUUCUACACAACCAUUGCUCCAACUUUUCCUCCAGCUAGCCCGAGUAGCUAGCUGCUCGGUAGCUCGCUGCUCCACCACACCGAUACUGACACAUGCUCAUUGGGAACUGAAUGUUUUCACACCGAAGCUAAAAGAAGACAUUUAACUUUGUUUUUUUCUACUUGGUUGACAACCAUGGGACGUGCGGUUGUUGCUAGCUAGUCUCCAGCUAGCUGGCUAACUGUGCUAGCCGCUGAUGUGGGAUUCAACUUGUUGAUUCAAGGGCUGAUCUAUCUGUCUGUCUGUCGUGCUGCUAGCUGGCUAGCAUCUGUUGGACAUUUCCCCCUCUACCAUCAGCUAGACAGAUUUUAAAUGCACAAUAGACACUGAAGAAUCGUGGUUUCACUGCUCCUAAAACCCUUUUUUGGGCAACUUCCAGUCUUUUUUAAACAUGUCAACAAGGACACCACUGGUGCAAGUCAUUGAAAACUCAACCGGCCAGGAGACCAAGUCGUCUGGUCGCUCCAGCAUGCCGCGAUGUCGGAACUCCGUUGCCACGACCACAUCAGAUGACCAGCCGCACAUUGGUAACUAUCGGUUGCUAAAAACCAUCGGCAAAGGCAACUUCGCCAAGGUCAAACUGGCACGACACGUCCUCACCGGAAAAGAGGUGGCUGUAAAGAUCAUUGAUAAGACACAGCUCAACUCCUCCAGUUUGCAGAAGCUCUUCCGGGAAGUGAGGAUCAUGAAGAUGUUGAAUCACCCCAACAUAGUCAAGCUCUUUGAGGUGAUAGAGACAGAGAAGACUUUGUACCUGGUAAUGGAGUACGCUAGUGGAGGAGAGGUCUUUGAUUACUUGGUGGCCCAUGGCAGGAUGAAGGAGAAAGAAGCCCGUGCCAAAUUCAGACAGAUUGUGUCAGCGGUGCAGUAUUGCCAUCAGAAGUGUAUAGUACACAGAGACCUCAAGGCGGAGAACCUGCUGCUGGACGCAGACAUGAACAUCAAGAUAGCAGACUUUGGCUUCAGUAAUGAGUUCACUCUGGGGAACAAGCUGGACACGUUCUGCGGCUCUCCGCCCUAUGCCGCCCCGGAGCUCUUCCAGGGAAAGAAGUACGACGGGCCCGAGGUGGACGUCUGGAGCCUGGGGGUGAUCCUCUACACACUGGUCAGCGGCUCGCUGCCCUUCGAUGGACAGAACCUCAAGGAACUGAGAGAGCGCGUGCUGCGUGGUAAAUACAGGAUUCCUUUCUACAUGUCCACCGACUGCGAGAACUUGCUCAAAAAGUUCCUCAUUCUGAACCCCUCCAAAAGAGGCAGCCUCGAGCAGAUAAUGAGGGACCGGUGGAUGAAUGUGGGCCACGAGGAGGAAGAACUCAAACCCUACAUCGAACCCAUGCCAGAUUAUAAGGACCCUAGGAGGACAGACAUCAUGCUGACGAUGGGAUUCUCUCAGGAAGAGAUCCAGGACUCGCUGGUGAACCAGAAGUACAAUGAUGUGAUGGCUGCAUACCUGCUACUGGACUAUAGGAACUCUGAGCUGGAUGAAAGUGGUAUCAAGCCCCGGCCAGGAAGUGAUGUAAGCAACAUAAACGCCCCCUCCCCGCCUCACAAGGUACAGCGCAGUGUGUCGUCCAACCAGAAGCCUCAGAACCGCAGCCAGGGUUCCUCCUACUCUAAGAGGGGUCAGUCAGACAACCGGACUGCAGGGGACGAUUCUGGGAGGAAAAGUUCAUCAGGCAGCUCCACUAACAAGGUGCCGGCCAGUCCUCUGGGCUCCUCUGACCGCAAGAAGAGCGCCACGCCCUCCACCAAUAGCAUCCUGUCCACCGGUACCGGUCGCAGUCGGAACUCUCCUCUGACUGAGAGGGCCACGCUGGGCCAGGGCAUCCAGAACGGCAAGGACAGCCUAAACACUCCGGGCUCCCGCGCCUCCACCGCCUCGGCUGCUGCCGUCCUCUCCUCCUCCUCCUCCUCCUCGCGUCCCCGCCACAACAAGUCCCUGUCCUCCUCCAAUCAUCCAUGCCCCUCUGACCUGCACGCACCACGGCCCAGUGCCCCAGCUCAGCGGGCGCGCGCCUCCCCAUCUGCCCACAACAUCAGCAGCGCUGCCGCGUCGGACCGUACCAACUUCUCCCGAGGUGUGGGCAUCCGCAGCACAUUCCACGCAGGCCCGCGGGGCGCCCGUGGACCAGCAGGCUCCGCCUACCCCGGAGGGCCCGCGUCCCCGUCACUGUCACACGGCAACAGCCGCCGGAGGACCACUGGCGCCACGGGGAUUUUCAGCAAGUUCACAUCAAGUUUUGUACGCAGAAAUCUGUCGUUCAGGUUUCCGAGAAGGAGUCCGUAUGAGGGAGAGGGUCGGGAUGAGGGGAGCAGGUCUAUGCUGAGCAGCACAGUGGACAAGUCGGAGAAGACGUCUGGCGGUGUCCUCUCCUCUUCUACCAACAACGAUGAGAACAACUCCUCACCAGGAUCUGGUAACACAGGUGGCACCGGCACCCCUCCGGCCAUCGGCGGCCAGAAGGAGUCGGCCAAGCCGCGCUCGCUCCGCUUCACCUGGUCCAUGAAGACCACGUCGUCCAUGGAGCCCAUGGAGAUGAUGCGUGAGAUCCGCAAGGUGCUCGACUCCAACAGCUGCGAGUACGAGCUGCGCGAGCGCUACAUGCUGCUGUGCGUGUCGGGCAACCCGGCGCGCGACGACUUCGUCCAGUGGGAGAUGGAGGUCUGCAAGCUGCCGCGACUCUCCCUCAACGCGCGUCGCUUCAAGAGGAUCUCGGGCACGUCCAUCGCCUUCAAGAACAUUGCCUCAAAGAUUGCCAACGAGCUCAAACUGUGAGUGCGGAGGAGCAGCAGCAGCGAGGAAGAGAUGAGAUAAAGGGGUGAGUUGGAAGGUGGAGGUGGGAGGGCGACGGGGUGGUGAUAGCGAGGGAUGCUGGUGGGGCACCGUGGAGGUAAGCUAAAGGGGGGAUCACUUUAAAAAACUAACUCGAUUGUUAUCUGGACACAGGUCUGAAGUCGGGCUAUUGGUCUCUUGAGUACUAGAAGCAUCUCUUUUUCUAGGAGUUUUGUUCCCAACGUUCACUGAGGCCCUGCCAUUAGAAACUCCCGAGUUUGAUUUCCCUCUGAGUUGUGAAGUACUUAUAGACCGAGGUCUUCUCUCUUCCCCUGCUGGGUUUGUUUUUUUCUUUUCGUCACGUUCUACUUUAGACGUUCCACUCUUCUGCAUGUCCGAUCUGCUCUCUCUGUUUUUAGUAGUCACACUUUUGAUCACUUUGACCACUCCUGUCACUUCUUCAUGCUAUUUAUUCAGUUGUUUUGUUUCUUUUCUGCACGGUUCUGCUGCCGGGUCUUCUUGUGGGUAGGAGGGAAACCGGGUAAUAAAAUAAAUGAGGGGUUGGAUGGAGGACAACGAGAGAGAAGUGGAGAAUCGCUGAAAAAGAACCUUUCUCUUGAAUCCUCUAACGAGUGGUGAUGAUCGACAGAAAGUUCAGAGCCUUAUUUUGCUGGAAAACUCAAAAGGUAGUUUUGAUCGAAUUUGUUCUGAUUCUCCUCCAAAACGGACUCCAACUGAGCCAGGACUUUGGUUGCUAAAACCCACGGUCUCUCUCACACACACACACAAACACACACAACACUACAUAUGGACAUUGGAUGGAAGAACUGUUGCUGUUGGUUAAAGGACCCUCUCCACUCUCACUCUCCACCUGCACACCCAAACCUCACCUCCCACCCCAAAAUGAACUUUAAAAAAAUCCACCUGAUCCAUCCUUCCUCCACCUCCCUCCUCCCCUCACACCACACACACACACACUCACACACACACUCUAACUUCAAAAACUGAACUCAGCACAAACACAUCCAUCUUUUUUUUCGCCUCUUCACUCCCUUUUUUUUUUUCUUCCUCAUUUUUAAUUUUCUCUCACGCCAUCAAGUCCGAGGAGUCCAGUUAGACUUGAUGACGUCAUCGAUAGUGCGCGGGCUUCAACCUGGCUUCAAGCCCGGUACUUUAUUAUUAUUAUUUUUUUUCUUCUUUUAUGGCUUUUUAAAAAGAGUGUGCACUGGAAAAGAGGGGCAUACGGGAAGUGGGGGAGGGAACGGACAGUUGGUGGACGGGGUUGUCGAGGAUUUUAUGUUGCCUUUCUCUUGUAGAAUUUAAAUUUGGGGUUUGUUUUUUUGUUGUCAGCACAUAAAUGCUUGAAUGAUUUAUUUUUAACUCCACCUUAUUUUUUAAUAUGUUUGGUAUCACAUCGGUUGGCAUCACGCCUUCAUAUCCAGAAUGUCAACCCUGAACCGACGCGUUUCUUGUCCCAUGUUUCUUCCCCCCACCCCGCCACACACCCACACACCACCCAUCCGCUCUCUGCUACACGUGUUCCCAAAGAGCAACAAGGUGUCUUUGGUAACCGACAGUAUGUGUGUGUGUGAGUGUAUUAUAAAAGAUCACUGGAGAAAAAAAAAAAAA